AUGUUUGCUUCAAAACCAGUAGUAUCAUCGUCUAAUCCAUCUAGUCUACAUUUACCCACUGUUUCAUCAAAAAUACAUCGACGUCGUGGUCGACAUUCUCCUACUCUAUCACAUACUUCAAUGGCAUCCGCAACAACAUCAACGAGUGUUUCCGAAAACGUUUCAGCCUUAAAAGCUAAAUAUAUUGAUUAUGCAAUGUGGCUGAAAGCAUCGUCCAGACAAAACCGUGAACCGAUAUUUACACAUGAGUUAUUAAAGCAUUCGUUGUGUGAAAUGGGUAUUGAUUCAACACAAGCCGAGCAACUUGUAUCAACAUGCUCUUGGUAUGUAUAUCAAUUUCAAAAAGAACUAGAAGUUGAUACUGAACAAUACGACACAUCGAUAAUAACAGAAACAAAAGCACCUCAGCAAUCGCCCAGAAAGCGAAAUAAAAAAGCGCGCAAAACUAAAUUAAAGAAAAAUAUUCCUCCCAGAGGACAUUCGUCAGAAUCAGCAACAACAAUAACUUCAAUAAAUAAAGAGAAUAUUAUUUCAGCAGAAAUAUCAUCACCAACACGAAAUAAAUUUUCUGUUUUACCAGCUAUACAGCCUUCUGAACCUCUCACAUCGCCACGAUCUCGUCAUGUUGAUUUUAAUAAUGAACAAUUACUUUCAGAAACAAUAGGAAAACAAAAACCGUCACAUUGGCGAUCAGCUAUGUUAAAAACAAGAAUUUUACCCAAACUUAGACAAUUAGAUAUAGAAUCAUCCACCAAUAAUCAUCAUGAUACGACACCGGAAACUACACCGAUUGAUUUGGAUUUAUCGAAUUCACAGAAAACUUUUCAUCAACAUGGUCAAGUUGGUGGUCAUCAUACUCGAUCAAUACUACGUAAACAAAAUGGUUCAUCUUCAUCUAUUAUAUCAACAGAAGUCGAUUAUAGAAGACAUCGAAGUAGAAUAUUAACACCAGCAUCAACAACUAUCGAUGAAAUACCAUUAGGAACAAGAUCACAACGUUUAUUUGGCGGAAGUGAAUGUUUUGCUCAAAUUAUGAAUGAACUUGAACAACAAAAACUAAUUUAA